AUGAGAUGCAGCGGUUGUCGAUGGUGGGGCUCCAUUUUGCUCACCCGAACAGAAUCCGUAGGCUCUCGAUUCAAGAUGCGUUGCGAGUGUUGA